AAUUUUAAACUUUCAUUUGACCUCUGACCUCUGACCCUCUCCUGCAGGUGUGGUGGUGAACGGUCGGUUGAUCGGCUCCAAGCAUCUUCACAAAUCCCACCUCCGCACCUACUUCGGCACCAUCUCGAUCUACUACCAGCCCGACGGGCUCAGUGUGACCGUCGGCACCGACAGCAUCUCCAUGAACGACGGCAGCAACAACCACACCUUCACCUGGGGGGCCACGGCGGAGAUCUCACAGGACGGGGUGAGGAUUUCCAUCAUGAAAGACUCUCACGUCACCGUCACAGUGAACAACAACAUCCAGGUGAUGGUGCUGCUGCACCGUGUGUGGAAGAAAAAUCCCGCCAACGUCGACUUCCUGGGGAUCUACAUUCCCAACGACAACCAGUACUCCCCUCUGGUGCACGGCCUCAUAGGUCAGUUCUCCAGAGAGCCUGAAGCGAGCGUGCACAACGUCCACGAAGGAGUCGACCCUCUGAAGAAGGAGGCCACCAUGGAGGUGAAGGGCAACAAGCUGCUCGUCACCAGGGGCUGGCAGAAGGACUACAGGCAGGAUAAGCGGCGCGGCUCUAACAUUUACUGCUGGUUCAUCCACAACAGCGGGAAGGGCUUCAUCGACGGCCACUACACCGACUACAUCGUCCCAAACCUCGACAGCUUCCUUCAGACGCUCUGAACACAGAGACGCAGAAACCUUUGUUUUUCUCCUCCGUUGUAAACACGUGUAACUAAUCAGUUUUUCUUCAAGAGUAAUUUAAUCCAUUUCUUCACAGAUUACGUUUCAAAUAAAAAACAGACGUCACUUAGGUUGAAUUUAUUUGGACAAAAUUUACAUCUGCAAUCUUAAGACAACUUGAAAAUUAAUCCAAAAAAUAAAAAACUAAACAAAUUGAA